CGCAUUUUGGGGAGGGCGCCUCCCCCGAUCCAUGCUUGCGCGCCCCCGAGUUCUUACGACAGCCAAGAGUCACACUAAGAAAAACGUGUCUCCAUCUCAGCACGGCGAGGGGGGGCAGGAGGUCGUCCACCCCCAGCCUGUUGCCCCACCCCCGUGCAGCGGCGCUGCCACUGCCCGGGGCGGGGCGGCGCCUCCCGGGGGCGAGGUGCCGGAGGCGGAGCUGCUCCCGCGGCUGGCCGCCCGGCGGGCGGUCGUCGACGCGGACGGCACGGUCUACGAGGGUGGAUCGCCGCCGCCGCCGCCCGCGGCGGCGCCCUAGGCCUUCCGCGGCUAAGGGCCCCACUGGGCACCCCGCGGGGGCGCGCCUGGGGCAGCGCCGCCGCGGCGGCCCGCGAGCAAAAGGUGGG